GCGGGUAUAAUCUCAUUUAGUGUUGUACAUCAGGCAAAUAACCGCAGACGAAUGUGUUGCUGUCUGUGCAAGGUGUCUGUGACGUGGGGGGAUUCUCACACGUCUUGACAUCUUUUUUCUUUGGGUCCCCCCACACCAACUAACUAACAAGCAACAAUAACAACCCUUUCAUUUUUGUUCCGUUUACUCCGCCUCUUCCAAACCCUUCCCCUUUCUCCUCUUCACAAAAUGAUCUUCAAAAAGAAGAAGAAAUACGAACAGCUUUGUGUAGUACUCGGAGUAUUGUUGGUGUCGUUGUCGAUCGUGGCGAGUGAAUUGGUGGUGAAUGUGAAGAACAAAGGAGGUGAUGUCCAGGUCGAAUCAAUUGAUGCUGAUACUGCUGCAAAUACUAUAUCAAUGUAUUUCGUAAAGAUAGACGGAACCCAUAUAUAUCAGUUCAUAGACUUCAAAUCGGAGAUCCAGAUAUUCCGAGCUGUUGUGCUACCUGAGGAGGAACAAGGACAAACACAGCACCAAGUCAUGUGUUUUGUGAUGCACUACUUAAAGAAUGAAUUCAUUUCUUCUGAUGCCAUGUCCAAAUUACGUCAGAAAAAUUCCAGAGCAAUUCGUACCCCAGAAGAUGACAAGGGUCGAGAGAUCCACAAUCACGACCUCAUCAUUUACUUAGAUCAAUCCCAUUUAAUCAGUCCAUAUAUUUAUAAUAUUUGCCGAGAUGCAAAUGACAAGAUUUUUGCGCAAGAUGUUGACCUGAGAAUCAUUUCCCGUUCUUUAGGGAAAGAUUACAAUGUAAUGAAGUCUGCCACCAAACAGUAUAUACCAUCCAAAUAUCCCCGAUGUCGGGACAUAUCAGACUCUUUAAAACCAUGUUCCUGCCAAUUUGAAAUCUGCGUUGGUUGGUACCCAUGUGGCUUGAAAUACUGCCGUGGGAAUGAUUCCCUGGGACAUUUGGUCAGCUACAGAUGUGGUAUCAAAACAUGUCGAAAGUGCCAUAUCUUUAAACAUUAUGAAAUGCAGAAAACCAAUUGCAUGUGGGACUACUAGAUACUACUGCAACACUUCAGUGCACCUUACUGCUGCUAACCAGUGUUUCCAGUUUUGAUCCUGUAAUUCUUUAUACACUGGUGAUAGUGCCUUCAUCUUGGAUUUUUUUAAGAAAAAAAGAAACAAAACAUUUUUGUUUGUUGGAUUGAGGAAAGAAAAGACUGAAGAAAAAAAAGUCUCAGAAAGAUAUUGUAAAAAGUAAAAUGGAAAAAAAUUGGUUAUUUAUAGUUUUUCGUUGCUCUUCUGUGUGAAUGUCACAUGAGGAAGAAUUAUAAAUUAGAUACUUUAUCCAUGUGUGUGUGUGUGAGAGAGAGACAGACAGACAGAGAGAGUGUGUUUGUGCAACAGUUUCUGUAUAUAUACAAACACAUGCAUAUAUGUCCACAGAUAUAUAUAAUGUACCUGCAUAUAUGAGAUGUACAAGCAUGUUCAUUAGUGUGGGUGUGUGUGUGUGUGUGUGUGAAAAAAAAGAGAGAGAGAAUGUGUGGUUUUAUUUGUAUGCAAGAAUUUCUAUACAUUCACACAUACACACAUGCUCUUGUCCACAAGUAUAUAAUGCUUUUGCAAAUAUAUAACAUGUACAAACAUGUUCAUUAAUGUGUGUGUGUGCAUAUGUGUGUGCAUAUGUGUGUGCAUAUGUGUGUGUAUGUGUGUGUGUGUGUAAAUAUAUUUAUAUGUGCAUGCUUGCAUUAAUAUCUGCAUACAUGCAUACAUAAUACACAUAUAUACAUAUUUUGAGCAAUACAUACAUGCAUGUAUUUAUGCAUAUAUAUAUAUAAACAUAUCUCUACCUGUUUUUUUUUUACAUAUGUGCAUCUCCUUAUAUGCAUGUGUAUGAUUCUCUUUGGAUGGCUCUAUGUCUUCUGUAUAUAUGUAUGUAUGGUAUUUGCCUUACAACUUCAAAAACAAGUCAGUUUUUUUUAAAAAAUUUUUCCCCUGUUACUAUUUACCUGUUAGACUAGACCAAAAUAUUUAUAUUCCGCUGGUGGUAAGUAGGUUUUUUUACUUUCUUCUCAAUAUCAACAACAAUCAGUGUCAACUAUUGUUUGCUCCAUUGGAUAAAUUUUUAGAACUGUACACUGUUAAUGUUUCCCCUCCUCCUCCUCCUCCUACCUCCUUUCUCAUUCUUUACCUCCCCCCAUCCCUUCUACCUUCUCAGUAUUCUUUUUUUUUCUCUGAUUCUUUCAGGUUUAUCUUUUACUAAUCAAUUUCAGUAACAAAAAAAACAACAACAAAUAAACUAUUACAUUCUUAACUCAGGUUCUAACAGCUGUACAUUAUCUUGUACAGCAUGUUUAUGCAAAUUAGACUUUAGUAUACACCUCAUGUGGUGGCUUAGUAACACUUUGGUUAUGCUACAUGUAGUUGCCGAACUAGGUUUUGGUUAUGACUCAUGUUGUAGCUGAGUAAGACUGGUUGUGUCACAUGUUGUGGCUCAGUAAAACUUGGGCAUGAUAUGUGUCAUAACUAAGUGAAAGUUCAGUAAUGCCUCGUGUAGUGACUAAGCAAAACUUUAGUCAUGUUACAUGACAAAACAUGAUUUGGUCAUGGCACAUGUGGUAGCUGAACAAUACUAUGGUCAUACACAUGUCAUGUCUGAGGAAAACUUAGCUCAGUUAUGUUUUCAUAGCUCAAACCUAGUUCAUGUCACAUGUAGCAACUGAUUACAACUCCUCAUUAAAAAAAACACAUCCACACACCCAAAACUGAGUCUGCCACAUGUUUCUAUAAACUAUCAUUAAAUUUUAACAUCACAUGUACUUGAUCAAAUCUUUGUAUAUGCCUCAUGAUUGUUUCACAAGCUGACCUAGUUUAAGCUUAUCUCCCUUACCCUGCAUGAAAUAAAAGUAUACCUUUGUUUAUGCCAUAUGUUUCUAUAAGAUUCUCUAGACUCUUCCAACCACCAACAAUUGUCUGUUGUUCUACAUUAAAGACAUUUAUCUCCCCUGCUCUCAGUGGCUUCAACCUUCUUGACCUCUCUUGGUUUUAUCAUUCCUUCCACACUAACUGUCACAGCUGAUGUAGUGAUUGAAUGUUUUGCUAUUCUGAACUGUCAGCACCGGUUAGUGCCUCUGCCCUACCGCCACCUAUCAGUAUUCAAUUCCAUGAUCGAUGUACCAACACAUUAAAUCAUCCCAUAUCCAUUUUCUCACCUUCAAAUUCAGCUCUUAUUCUGUUGAUACUGUCAUGGCUCUGACCCCACCUAAUGAAGGCAAUCCACUUCAUAUCUUCCUACUGUACAACACACACACCACUGCAAACCUUUGGUAUUUCUAGUUAACUACUUGAUCAGAGAUCAACUCUCUAUUCGGAUCACCAUUGGUAGCAAAUGUGCUUGCCUCUAACUGAGAUCAUUUUCUUUAGCUAUGUUCUUCUAUAAGCCAAACUCACUGUCCUCAAAUCCCCAAAUGGUUCACUUGUGGCUGUGUUGCAUCUUUACAAGUGAAGAAUUCUGUUAAGCAAAUUUGGUAGAAAUCAUCCAACAUCCACUACUGCAAUGCUUAUCAGGAAAACAAAGGAUGCUUUUUGACAUUCUACAAUCUGUAAAGACGUUCACAUCUCAAACUGUUGCUUAUUCUUCUGGUCGUUUGUCAAGAUGGACUUUCCUGCCCAUCACUCCUCUAUGAGCACUGGUUCUAUACUUCCAAUGAUAAAAUAUCCACAUUUACAGACUAUUUUUGCUUCCAACUGCAGUGGGAAUGAAUUCUCUUUCUCCAAUUCUCUUUCUCCUUACCAUCUCUUUCACCACCAUUUCAACUCUUACCAAAUGGUAAAAAUUUCUUUACUUUCUCCAACUCAAGAAAAUGGCUAAUCCUUGACAGUGAUCAUCCCAUCAUUCUCAAAGUAUACACUCUACAGAUAAAUUUUUAGCUUUUAUUCCAACUAAAUCCUUAUUAUUUUUAUCACUUUAAGUUUCUCACUCCCUCUUAAGUUAUCCACACCAAUAGUGAGUGUCCCUUCAAUCUCUUUCUUUCUCUCUCUAGUGGCCAGGACUAUGCUAUUGAUUCUUGAAUCUCUCUCUCUCUCUCUCCCCCAUAAAGUGACCACUGCCACCACCCCUCUGGUGUCUCUCUCAACCUGAUGUGUCCACUUCUGUGGGGCUAUCCUCUGAGUUUCUGUCUUCCUCCCAACAGUAACCACCAUUAGCAUAUCUCUCUCUCACUCUUUAAGUGAUCACCUCUUUCUCACUUACUCCUAAAUGACUACCGUCAACCAUACUGGUGUCUGUCAAGUCUCUCUCUCCACUCCUAAAUGACCAUCACCAACUAUGGUGAUAUCUGUCAUAUUUUUCUCCCUUUCCCUACUAGUGUUUUUCAAGUCUCUUUCUCUCCACUCCUGAAUGACCAUCACCAACAAUAAUGGUGUCUCUCAUCUCUCUCUCUCUCUCUUUCCCUACUAAUGUCUUUCAAGUCUCCUUUUCUCCCCACCUACAAAGUGACUGCCACCACUCUAGGGUGACUCCACUAUAGUGCUCUUGUGAGUUCCACUCCUCUUUCUAAGUGUUCACCAUUUUGGUGUCCUUUGUGUGCUACUCCCCAUCCUAAGUGAUCACCACUCAGUGAUUAUACAGCCAGAUCUAGGGGAGUUGGGGCUUGUUCUAUAUCACACACCAAUGGUUUUUCUUUGAUGGUUUGGUGAUGUCUUCUGUUAUUCCUUCUGUACAUUAAAGCAGUUACUUCCAUUUACACACACCUACUCAAAAGAUAUCCCCCUUUUAUUCCCUUACCCUUUACUCAACCCACAUGCAUGUAUACAAACAUAAUUCACACACAACAUGGACACCUCAUGUCAGACUUGCUCUGUCCUUUUGAAUACUUUGUCUCCUUCAACAGCAACAAGGCACAAUCAUUCUCUCUAUAUAUAUAUCAAGGAAACUGUCUUGUAUUUAUCAGUCUUUACAUGUCAACAACACGCGAUUAAAGCCCUCAACUCCCUUCAUAUGCUAGGUCUCUCAACCUAUUAUAGGAACCUUGCACACACACACGCGCCAAUGCUAAAACUACAUUGCUAAGUUUUUCUCCUCAGAGUAAAAAGAAAUUAGUUCUUAUCAAUCAAUGACCCGCUCUAUAACACUCCAAAUACGACUAUAUUGAAAUGCUACUCUUAAAUCUGGAGCAGUGUUUCCUGCUGUACAUACGUAAACAUCUUUGAGCACAGCCAAAAUACAUGCACCUUGAAGUACUACUCAUUAAUCUGGGGCAGUGUUCUUACUGUACACACACAAACAUCUUUGAGCACAAUCAAAAUAGGUUCACCUGGAAGUACUGCUCAGAGAUCUGGGGUAGGGUUCCUGCUGUAUACAUACAAGCAUCUUUGAGCACAGCCUGAGAAGGGAGGUAAUUUCACUGAUUGGCAAAGAUGCAUCAACAUGCUACAAUCCUGAAUUCACAGACAAACAGUUUCUUCUCUCUGUACCUUCUUGCAUUUCAUUACUAAGCUCUUCUCAACUAUCUUAUUGUGCGUCUUUCUCCAUCUAAUAUCACUUGAUGCACUUCUCUGUUUUUCUCCAUCUCCUGUCAAGCCCCACUAUGACCUCCUACUUCUAGAUCCUAUACUAAAGCAGUUUACCUAAUCUCCACCCAUCUCCUCCCCUGAAGUUCAACCCAUUCUCCUUGUCCCCUUAAUUGUUUGUCCUGCAGAAAUCAACCUACAGAAGUCUAAACUGAAUAUCAACCAUAUUAUUUCACCAGUCUGGGAGAUCCUACAAUUGCCUGAGGUGCUGCCCCUCCUCACCUAAAUAACAGUUAUAACAUAUAAAACAAACCUGACUUGGUUUUAUUAACAAACUACAGCAACAUUUCACCUUUGUUUAUGCCACAUCUUUCUAUGGAUGAUUAAAAUUUGUUUUGUUUUUUUUUCUAUCAUGUUUCUAUAAAA